CGGCCGAGCGAGCAGUUGCGACGCGACUACCAAAUGAAUCGGACGCGAUAGCGCUUCAGCGGAGGUCAGGAACUGCUAUGUUUACCCUAGAACUGUAUAUACCAAGUGCUUGAAAGCCGUUCAAAAGUGGUUUAGUUCAAUAUUCGCUGCUCGGAAUCCUUGUCGCCAGCCAACGGCAGCUCAAACUUAAAUCUAUUUCAGACCAAACUUUCGCUUAAUCAACGAGUUACGUUCACUUAUCCCCGGCUCCAACUCGAAAAGAGCUCGCUUAAACGCCCUCAAAAGCGGAUUCCGAGUGCCACGCUGGGCCGCGCCAUCUGGCAUGUCGAAUUCAAAGGGAAUCGCAGAUUGACGGCCAUAUCGCGGAUUGAGGUGACUGCAAACUGAAUGCGAGGGCCGCCAUUGCCAUUAGCAUUACCAGUUGCGGCAGCUAUUUGGCUCGGUGUUUGUGGAAUGUGCUGUUCAUAACUUGUAUCAAUUGCUAAAGCGGUGAAAACUAAUUGAGCAAAGGAUUUAAAAACUUAAUUAAAAAGUCAACAUGGCGAUGGAAUGGAUAACUGCAAUGGACAAACGUCCUUGCGACCGAAACCUGCGUGAUGUGGAGCUGAUUUCGUGCCGCUUGCGUCGCGUGGAGCCCCUGUGUCGCCUUCCGGGAUCUGCGCUCCAGCAGUUGGCCAUGUGCGGAUUCUAUGAGGACCUGGAGAAGGGAGUGACUCUUUUCCGCGCCGGAGAGCAGGGACGCUUCUGGUAUGCAGUGCUCGGCGGAUCGCUGGAGGUGCGAUACCAUGCCCAUGCCGAUGGCGAUGGCAAGAGCGCAGUUACUCUGUGCAACCUGGGCGUGGGUGCCACAUUUGGGGAGUCCGUACUGCACGACUUGCCGCGGGACAGCACCGUUGUGACGAAGACCACCUGCGAGUUGCUGCGGGUGGAGCAGCAGGACUUUCGACUCAUCUGGGAGAAAAACAAGGAGUUAAUGAAUGACAUAUUCACCAACUGCAAGUUGAAGAACGGUUUUGGACCGAGUGUACAAGCAACAGCCGCAGCCACAUCGCCCACAAAGAGACCCCUCAGCCCCGACCACCCGAACCCAGCGCUGCCCAUUACCGAGACGCCGAGUCCUGCUAUGAACCGCAUGGGCUGGGCCCUACGCACACUACUCGUCGCCGACAACUCUAGCUGUCUUAAGGAUCGAAAGGUAUCCGGCAAGCUAAUCCGCAAGUGCGCCCCCGGCACCGAGCUCGUCGACUGGCUGGUCAACCUCUCGCCCAUUGUCCACACCCGCGCCCAGGCGGCUGGCAUGUGGCAGGCGCUCCUCGAGGAAGGAGUUCUCGCACACGUCAACAAGGAGCAGCCCUUCAAAGACAAGUGCUUCCUCUACCGCUUUCGCCUCGACGAGGAGGGCGGCACGGCGGCAGCGGGCGUGCCCCAGGCGGACGAUCUCGGAGCGGCCAACGAGCACAUCCGCGAGGCGCUGAGCGCACUCUUCCAGCGCGGACCGGACGCCACUCUGCGUAUGAUAUUGCGCAAACCUUCGCACGAACGGACUUCGGAGGAGCUGGAGCUGGUGUUCGAGGAACUGGUCCACAUCGCCGCACUCUCCCACUUGUCGACCAGCAUAAAGCGGGAGCUGUCGUCGAUUUUCGUGUUCGAGGCUCACGCCCAGGCAGGAACAAUAUUGUUCAAUCAAGGCGACGAAGGACGCUCCUGGUACAUCUUACUCAAGGGGUCGGUGGACGUUGUGAUACACGGCAAGGGGACUGUUGCCACUCUAAAGACUGGGGAUGAUUUUGGAAAGCUGGCCCUGAUUAACGACGCACCCAGAGCUGCAACCAUCGUUCUGAAGGAGAACAAUUGCCACUUGCUGCGCGUGGACAAGGAACACUUCAACCGGAUACUGCGUGAUGUGGAGGCCAACACCCUGAGAUUGCAGGAACACGGCAAGGAUGUUUUAGUGCUCGAGCGCGUGGCAAAGCAACGUGGACAGCACUCGGCAUUUAAAUAUACGGUGAUGUCGGGCACGCCGGCCAAGAUGCUGGAGCACCUGCUGGAGACGCGACUGGGCCAGUCCGUGGGUGGACUGGAUCCCUUUUUGGACGACUUCCUGCUCACACACAUCGUAUUCAUGCCAGUUGUUCAGCUGGUUGAUGAAUUGGCCAACUACUUCCAUUGCGAUGCCCAUGAGGAUGCCCAAACAGCCGAGGAUCGGGAGUACAUAAUCAACUUCAAGAAGCGCGUAAUCCAGUUCAUGCAGAAGUGGGUAAUGGCCGUUCGCCACGCGGCCUUCGAGGAGCCCAGCGUGUGCGACUUUAUCGAGGACCUCGCCGCCGAGGUGGAGGCCGAUCCGGACCUGAACGAGGAGACCAGCAUAGUGCACAAUGUGCUCACCCAAAUGGCGCGCUACCAGGAGGACCGCAACCAGAACGCUGGUCAGAAGUGGAAGCUCCCGCCCAACGGCCAGCCCAUCUGCCUCUUCAGUGGCAAUGCGACGCCUUCGAAGACGGUCAUCCGACCGGAUGAUGAUAUCAUCUUCCGCGUCUACUGCGCCGACCACACCUACUGCACCUUGCGAUUCCCCAUGCACACCACGGCGGAGCUCAUCAAGGCGUGUGCCGCCGACAAGCUGCAGCUGAACCGGGGUCCCGAGGAUCUGGUCCUCGUCGAGGUGAAGUCGAACGGAGAACGGUCCGUGUUCAAGGACAACGAUGUCAGCAUACCCACUGGCUUGUCGCUCAACGGCCGCCUGUUCGUCUCCGUCAAGGACCACCUGGAUGCCCUGACCCAGCUGCAGGAGCAGGAGUGCCCCACAGAGGGCGUGGACAUCGACCUGGAGAUACUGAGCACCAAGGAGCUGGCCUACCACAUCACCCUGUUCGAGUGGGACCUCUUCUGGGCCGUCCAUGAAUACGAAUUGCUUUACCACACCUUCGGACGGCAUCACUUUGGCAAGAUCACUGCCAACUUGGAUGUGUUCCUCCGCCGAUUCAACGAGGUGCAGUACUGGAUUGUCACCGAACUGGUGUCCACUCCCAGUCUGAGCAAACGCGUCGGUCUGGUCAGGAAGUUUAUCAAGCUAGCCGCGUACUGCAAGGAGUACCAGAACCUGAACGCCUUCUUUGCUGUGGUAAUGGGUCUCUCCAACAUGGCAGUGUCCAGGCUGCAACAGACCUGGGAGAAGAUUCCGUCGAAGUUCAGGAAGAUCUUCCAGGAGUUCGAGGCCCUGAUCGAUCCCAGUCGCAACCACAGGGCGUACCGUGUGUUCGUGGGCAAGCUGCAGCCGCCGCUGAUACCGUUCAUGCCGCUUCUGCUGAAGGACAUGACCUUCGCUCACGAGGGCAACAAGACCAGCCUGGACGGCCUGGUGAACUUCGAGAAGAUGCACAUGAUGGCCCAAACGAUGCGCACCAUUCGCUUCUGUCGCUCCAGGAGUCUGGGGCUGGAGCCGCCAUCGCCGAAGAGCGAGGGCGAGGUCAGGACGUACAUUAGCAGCUUCCGCGUCAUCGACAACCAGCGGGUACUCACCGCCAUGUCCCAGAAGGUGGAGCCCACCAGGAAGCUCUAAGCCCAUGUGGAGCUGUCAUCCGAUUAGCCUGUAGCGCGUAUUAAGUGUCUAACCCUAGUGUGUGUUAAUCAACCGCAAUUAGCUGCACAGUUAUGAGCUUAGCCGGGUUGUUGUUGCCUUCCAAGAGCCAAUUGGGCCACGGCCACCACAGUCCGGAAAAACUUUUAUCCGCAUUCUCAUCCUCAUCUGCAUCCGCAUCCGCAUUAGCAUAAGCUACAGUGUACUAUAUCUAUGACCCGACCAGGAACUAUCUCAUCUUCUAAUGAACUGAAACCCAAACGCAUUUCAAUGCAAACGAGAAACUUUUUGCUUUAGUACAAAACGAUAGAUGGAAAACAUAAAUUGAAAUUCAGGAAACCGCGGUUCCCCGCGGAAACCGAAACGAAUAAAAACAAAACUUGGACGCGUGUGAUACUAAACAUUUAUAGGAGGCAACAUCAAAAGAAGCACAACUAUACUGCAUAAUUUCCCACAAAGCAUUACUCUAUAAAUCCCGCACGAGCUGGUAGAAUAGUUUGUAAAAUGGUACAACGUAUCCGAGAGCAUGGAAUCUAUAUUUUUAUAAACCAUAAACUGAAACCAACUAUUAACAGUCUAAUUAAAGCUAGUUAUUAGCAUGUAAGCUACGUAGCAGAUAAGUUACUUUAAUUAUAUUUUUAAAUCUUUUUUUCCUAUUGCCCCUUUCUCUUUUUUACGGCAACCAGGAAAUAAAAUACGAAACCAUUUAUUAAUAUUUAUUUAAACAAUCCCAAUUUGUUUUAUUUUGUAUAAAAGUCAUAUGUUUUCUAUGCUUUGUUAGAUAAGAAAGUGCAAGUGCAUUCAAAUAAUUAAACACUGGAGAGGGACCUUAUUAGUUGUAGUUAUGUACAUACAUAGAAAUAUGAGAAAUAUUUAUAAUUAUUUAUUACACGUGCAACUGUAAAUCCCCAUAAAAUAUGGGCAGUACUUCUCAAAAUAGUCGUUUUUAGAUCUCACAAUUAGAAUGCAGGUAAUCAAUUGUGAAGGAGUUUCCAUUAGUCCAAUAAAUUAUGUGUGUAGAACUCUGUGGUUCUUUACCAAGUAUAAAAUGUAUUUAUCGAAGACGUGGUUUUGACACUACCUAUUUUUCGAACACAACUGUACAACAAAUGUAUGUUUAUCCAUUGUAUUACAAUAGUCGGUAGCCGGUAGCCGUAGAGUACGAGGGGCCUUGAGUACCCUAUGAAUUUAAUUUUUGAAUUUAUAUUUUAUAAUUGCCCGGAUAAAGAAGAAACGUCCGUCUGCGUCAACGAAAGGCCGAAGCAUUGAGAUCUUUAAUGGGUUUUAUAUAUGGAUCAGCCAUGGAUACAACUUGACUUUUUUUAAUAGUAAGCUAAACACUUUAAUAUUAUAAUUAUUGUUCGGAACUGGAUAUAAAUGGUGGGGUGAACAGUAAAUACAUUUUUACCGACUAUCCUAAGAUCGGGUAUUCGACUAUAUCGUUUUUCGCCUUUAUAAGCAAACCUCAGUCACUAAUCAUACUUGUAGUUAACAAUCUAACCCAACUCCUCUCCCAAGUAAAGGUCUCUCAAACAACGAUUUAUCACGUAAACGCCAUUCCUAGAUGUAACCAAACUUUGACCAUGAACUUUUACGUAGAACGUAAUGGUCGUAUUAAAUACAUUCCUUUAUGAAAACCAAUCAAAAUCAACAAUAUAUUCAACUAUAAUCCAGUGGUUUCUCCUUAAAACAAAAACACAGCAAAUGCAAACGAUAACGAUACAAACAAUAACACUUUUAUAAAUAUAGCGAACCGAUUUAAACGAAACAAAAUUGUUUAGUUUAUAGUUAAUGAGAUGUAAAAAUUUCGAAUUGAUUUACAAGCAAAACAACACCAAUUUUAGUAUGGUACCGUUUGUAAGUAGAGUUGAAAAGCCAUUAAUUACUUUAUCUACACCACGUACUACGGAAACGGGUAGUAUCUAUUGUGUAGGCGUUUUAAACCCGACGCAACCUUACAAUCCUUUGAGGAAAUAUUCGAAAUAAGCCAACUCUUUGGUGCUAAUGGCACACGAAAAGUACAUGUAUCUAUAAAUGUUUAUCAAGCGGAUGCAUUAAUUUAGCAUAUGGACCGUAUAAACCAUUUUAGUGUUAAGAAAACGUUUCCCACAACGGAAACUCCCAAAGUGUCAAAUCCAAAAAUGUUUCUACAUUUUUAGUACUGCUAUGUUGACGUAAUACCAACAAAACACCACCACUAUUGUUAUUGUUGUGCACUUUCAAUAAUACGAUUUACAUGCUAUAUACUACAUACAUAUAUCAAAUAUGCUAGUACUCCAAAAGGGAAAAUUUCAAAUUUCACUUGUGAUUCGAUUUGACAAUCUCAAAACCUAACUAUACGAACUUUUGAUUUUUCAAAUAUAGCCUAGGCACUUGCAUAAAUUCAACAUCAUUGGGUAACUCACGGAUGCACCAAACAAUUUAUUCAUGCUAUACGUAUAUACCUCCGUUACCAAGAUACCAAGAUAUAGCUAAUGCCAAUCAGUCGUAAUCAGUCAGUAAAUGUUUGAGCCGUAACUAGUUCUAACCACUUAAUGUUCAAAUCAAUGUUUACAUGUCUAACGCAAAACAAUCUCGAAGUUUACUUACCUACCAAAUAGUAAAGUAGAUUAAAUAGUUCGUAAUUGGGAUGACGAGACGGCUCCCAGAGCUCACAGCAAGAAGACAACACCAACCACUUAGAAGUAAUGAAUCCAUCGAAUUUGGUAUUAUUACUACCAGUUACGUAAUCAACUACCAAAAAUCCAUACCCCGAAGUGAGAAUUGUGCAAUGCAGAGCAGAUAUUUCAAUAGCAACCCUAAAUGUUAAACCCAAGAGUAACAAUAUAUAACUUUGAAUGUCUAACAUUUUGAACUCAACUAAUAUUCGAAUAAAGAUUUAUGUGUUAGCAGGCUGCUA